UUGUUUCAAGCCCCCAGAGGCACCGCCGACCUUCUUCCUGAAGAACAGAAGUACCGCCGCUAUAUAGAAUCCAAGGCCGUAGCCCUGGCCCGCAGCUAUGGGUACGGGCGUAUUGACAGCCCUGUCUUUGAAGACGCCGGGCUGUUUGUACGUUCUGUGGGAGAAGGCACCGAUAUCGUCGAGAAAGAGAUGUAUACCUUCGAGGACCGGGGAGGCGACCAGGUUACUCUCAGGCCUGAAGGUACAGCCCCCGUUUGCCGCGCUUAUCUUGAGCACGGGAUGCACAAUCUGCCCCAACCGGUGCGGAUGUAUUACUUCUGCCCGGUGUUUCGCUACGAGCGUCCCCAGGCGGGCCGGUUCCGGCAGCAUCACCAGUUCGGCGUGGAAGUAUUGGGGGAUGCCAACCCGGCGGUCGACGCAGAGGUCAUCGAAUUGGCCUGGCGGUUGAUGCACUCACUGGGCCUGACCGAUAUUCGCCUUUUCGUCAACAGCAUCGGCGACAAGGAAAGCCGUCCCCGAUAUGUAGAGGAACUGAAGUCCUACUAUGGCCAGAGGCACGACAUCCUCUGCGAGGAUUGCCGCAGCCGGCUUGACCGCAAUCCCCUCCGGUUGCUGGACUGUAAGGUCGAAAAAUGCCGCGCCAUUGGUGAGGACGCUCCCCGCUCGGUAGACCACCUGGACGACGAAAGUCUCGAUCACUGGACCAGGCUGCAGGAUUACCUCACUGCAAUGGAUAUACCAUUUCAGAUUGACCAUCGCCUGGUGCGCGGUUUGGACUACUAUUCGAGGACAGUUUUUGAGAUUCAGCCGGUGGAGGCCGGCGCCCAGUCAACCAUUUGCGGCGGCGGCCGCUACGAUGGCCUGAUCGAACAACUGGGUGGCCGUCCCACCCCUGGUAUCGGAUUUGGGUCGGGACUGGAGCGGCUGACCCUGAAUUUGAAGCGCAGCGGCGUCGAAGUCCCAGAUGAACCGGCCCCGUCUUACCUGGUGGCCAAUGUGGGAGAGGCGGCCAGGCUGCCUGCCCUGGAGCUGGCUUCCAGCAUACGUCGAACGGGCGCGGGUGCCAUUCUCAGCAGCGGUGCCCGGGCAUUGCGGGGCCAGAUGCGCCAAGCUAAUUCGCUGGGUAUUCCUUACGUGGUAAUCCUGGGCGACGAUGAAAUAGCGCGGGGUGAAGUGGUAGUUCGCGACAUGCAAACUUCAUCCCAGGAAACCAGGCCCAUGUCGGAGUUCUUGCAGUCGCUGGCCUCAAGCUAG